AUUGCUUUUAUGAAGUGUGAUAAUAAACACUUUUUAUCAUUAUUAUGAUUAUUUUUUUUUUUUAAAAUGAACAUGAAACCAUUGGCGCCGCAACUCAAAAAAAUUCCUGCUGGACUAGUUUACUUCUUCGUUCCUCUUCUUCUGAAAACACACUUUUAUAAAAUGGGUUGUAAAUGUUUCACUGCCACAGAUGAAAGAUGGGCAGAUUUGUUCACAAGCAUAAUAUUCCUUCUUCUUCGUCUUCUUCUUCUUCUUCGAAAAAGCUUGUCUUUUUCAUAUCCAUAUCAACUCUGCUAACAGUUGCUGUCAUUACAAAUUUUUUAUGGGCAUCCUCUUCUUCUAUCAUUAAAACUACCACCACGUAUUGGGCAGUUGAGAAAACUGAGAUUAUCGUUGUACCAGAAGAAAACUCCCACAAUGCAACCAGACUAAGCCAUCUUGAAUCAAAGAAAGAUAGUGUUAAAGAUAAGAAGAAUCUUCUUCUAUCUGCAACCUUUGCUGACUUGCCUGCUCCUGAUUUACCAUGGGAGGAAAUGCCACCAGCACCGGUGCCUCGCCUUGAUGGAUAUUCAGUACAGAUCAAGAAUCUUCUAUACGUUUUUGCAGGGUAUGGCUCACUUGAUUAUGUGCAUUCUCAUGUUGAUGUGUUCAACUUCACUGAUAACAAGUGGACAGAGAGGUUUGAUAUGCCAAAAGAAAUGGCUCAUUCACAUUUGGGAGUGGUAACUGAUGGUAGAUACAUAUAUGUUGUGUCUGGACAGUAUGGUCCACAGUGUAGAGGCCCCACAGCUCGUUCUUUUGUGCUGGAUACUGAGACCAAGAAAUGGAGCACUAUGCCUCCUCUACCUUCUCCUCGGUAUGCUCCAGCAACUCAAAUAUGGAGAGGGAGACUUCAUGUAAUGGGAGGGAGUAAAGAGAAUCGACACACACCAGGACUGGAGCACUGGAGUAUUGCUGUAAAGGAUGGCAAAGUAUUGGAGAAACAAUGGCGAAAUGAAGUUCCUAUUCCCCGUGGCGGCCCUCAUAGGGCAUGUGUUGUAGUUAAUGAUCGCCUUUUUGUCAUUGGUGGCCAAGAAGGUGAUUUCAUGGCCAAACCAGGGUCACCUAUCUUCAAGUGCUCACGCAGACACGAGGUGGUUUAUGAUGAUGUAUAUAUGCUAGAUGAUGAAAUGAAGUGGAAAGUUCUUCCUCCUAUGCCAAAGCCCAAUUCUCAUAUAGAGUGUGCUUGGGUACUAGUCAACAAUUCAAUAAUAAUCACUGGAGGCACAACAGAGAAACACCCAGUGACCAAAAGGAUGAUGCUUGUAGGAGAGGUCUUCCAAUUUCAUCUAGACUCACUGACAUGGUCAGUGAUUGGAAAGCUUCCUUAUCGAGUGAAGACCACAUUAGCUGGUUUUUGGAAUGGUUACUUGUAUUUUACAUCUGGACAGCGGGACAGAGGCCCAGAUAAUCCACAACCAAAGAAGGUCAUUGGAGAUAUGUGGAGAACUAAGUUGAGUUUGUGAUCUCAUUUUCUUUAUUCUUUGGGUAUAAGAAAAGGAAAAAAAAAUUAAGUUAGCAUAUAGCACAAAAUUUUCUUUCAAUACAAAUUAUGGCAUAUUGUACACAGUUGUUCUCGAGUACAAAUGCUAUUUUCUUUGUCAAAUUGUAUAGCAUACUUGAUCAAUUACAAAAUAUCACUUUGGUCUCUGAAUUUUGCUAUA